AUGUGUACAUCUGUAUUUUGGGCUAUGAGAGUAUGCAUUUUAAUUAUUAUACCAUUUGCGGUGUGUGAUGUAGCACGGCAAGUAAUUGAUGCGAUUCAAGAGAGCCGGUUGAAGUACAAUUUAAACAAGCUAACUGUUGUAGAUUCAAUGAAUGAAAUUGCAAGGGACAGAGCAGAGAUUCUUGCUGGGUCGAGUGAGUUAGAAAACAAAACAGAGCUUCUAUGGGAGCUAGCUCAGAAGCAUGGCUAUAAACCAAUUGCAAUGGGAGAGAACAUAGGGAAGAGUGUAAACAAAGAGAAGGAAGGGAUUGACAUAUUUGAAGAGUGGAUAAAGUCCGAAACACACAGAGAAAAUAUUGUGAAUGCCCCAGAGUAUACACACUUAGGGGUAUACAAGUUAAAAACUGAGUCUGGCAUAUACCUCUCAGCUAUAUUUGGGCAGGAGAGUGCAGAAGACGCAAGAAAAACCGAGAAAGCUUUGCCGCAGAAAGCGAGUUAUGGGGCAUCUAAUAAUAAUGGCUUAAUGGUCACAAGCACUCGUUCAACACCUGCUCCAGCGCAGAAAAAUGCACCUCUUCCAAUGCAGAGACAAAAUUCAAUGGGGCUUAUGCCAGGGAUUAGUGACAUGCGAAGCCCAUUGAAGCCAGUUAUGCCACAAGACAAUAAGUCUAAUAAAAAAGCGUAUAGUGUAGUAGAAUUAGUCUAUCCAAGAAUGACUAGGCUAACUCAAGACUCAUCACAGAAUCCACCAAUAAAAUUUAUUCUUGAGAGCGAGGAUGGCAAGAAAAUACAGGAAAUAGAAGUACCAGAAACUUCUGCACAGGAACAGACCCAGCAAGCGCAAGGAUCGCAGCCACAAACACAACAGCCGCAGGGACCACAUAUAUUGGGAGAAGGACAGCAAGUAAUGCCUGGUGAGCAACCAGGUGCAAUUAAUCCGAGGACUGUUAAUUUUACAUCACCGAUGCCCCACCCUAGUCCACCUACUCCGGAUAUGCUAAAAACACAGAAUGCGCAGGAGAAUGGAUCAAAUCCAUCACCACAGAAACAAACCAUUAUAAAACUAAUCAUGGUACAGCCCGGACAGAAUAACACGCAGAGCAUGGGAGCACAAUUAUCUGCGUCUUCUGCAUGAUGGUAUGACUAAAUUUAUUUUAGGGAAUUUCUGGUUGUUUAAUAAUCUUCUACAUAAAGCACA